GAGGAGUCAGUGAAUGCAGCAUGCAGCAGGCUGUGUCGACCCCGCCCCCUGUGGCCUCGGCUCCACUUCCGGUCUGCUGCUCCAACUUCACUGUACACCAACACAGCGGGACAGCAGCAGAGCAACGGCCCAAUCACCUGAUGAGCACAAAGCUGCCUGGGACUGGUCAUGACGCAGCAGGAGCAGCAGGAGUUCAUGGAGAGCCUGGAGGCUGCCCUCUCCUGGAUGCAGGCCAUCCAGGAGAGACUAAAGGCCAAUGACAACACCCAGGGGCCCCGUGACGCUCUGGAGGGCCGGCUCAGGGAGACAGAGAAAAUCCAUCAGUCGGAGCAUGAGGGCCGUGUGAAGAUGGACAUGGCGCUGGUGGCAGCUGAGAGCCUUUUGCAGAGCGGAGAUGAGGAGCUGAGGAACCAGACCCACACUAAGCUCAAAGACCUGAAGAGCCUGUGGGAGGAGACCUGCACCUACAUCAUCCACUGUCACAGUCGCAUAGAGUGGGUGUGGCUCCACUGGGGCGAGUACCUGAAGGCUUACGAGGAGUUUGAGCUGUGGCUGACGAAGCAGCAGCGCAGCCUGGACGUCGGGGUGGAGCUGCAGCUGGGGGUGAAGGAGAAGCUCUGGCAGGUGGACCAGCAGCGGGUGGUAGUGAGCGACAUCCAUGGUCAGGCAGCGCUGCUGGAGAGGCUGCUGGACGAGGCUGCCGCGCUGCACAACAGAACCCAGGACCCCAGCGUGGAGCCGCAGGCCCAGGAGAGGCUGCAGGAGGCCUACAAUGUAGUCAGAGACAGAGCUGAGGAGCGUCUGACGCUGCUUCAGAAGAUUGCUGAGGAGCACCAGACGUACCAAGGCUGCGUUCAGAGGUUCCAGGCCUGGCUGCUGUCAAAAACCAAGGAGCUAACUGAUCUGAUGGAGAGGGAGGAUACAGCCGAGAACAAGCUCAAAGCCUUACAAGCUCUGGACGAUAGCGUGGCCGGUGAGGAGAAAACGCUGCAGCAUAUUGAGGGAGCGGCGGAGGCGGUGAAGGGGAACACCUCUCCUGCCGGGGCGGAGGUGGUGGUAGAGGAGGCAGAGGAGCUGCGGCUAGGCUGGCAGAGGCUGCGGCAGGGCCUGUGUGAGGCUGGGGAAGGUCUGCGCUCCAGCCUGGACUCCCAUAGUCAGUACUUGGCACGGUGCCAGCGGCUGGGAGAAGACAUCAGUCACCUCAGGGUGCUGCUACAGGGGCUGGACCAGGAACUAGAGGAGGGCCUGGAGGCCAGGGACCGCACUGACCGGACCGAAGAGCAGAUGGUGGGCCAGUGGAGGAAAUACACGGGUGUGAGGAAUACUCUGGCAGGAGAGGAGUCCCAAGUGGAACUUCUCAAGGCUCAGCUGAAGGAGCUCUUCAGGUUUUCAGAGGACUCACGCCACCUUUCUGACGAUGUCCUGGCUGUUGUCAAAGAACAUCAGAGUGUGAAGUGCAGAGCGACUAGGCUGUGUUCGGAGUCAGAGUCCGGCCUGAGAAACAUCCUGCAGGACCCGCUGCUGGUCUACGCACAGUGGAGUCACAUGGUCUCUCAGGUUCUGGAGGCUUCUGCUGAGGUCACUGACUUCUCCCACAUUGCCAUGUUGGUGCAGAACAUAGAGCGUCUGCUGAGGGACAGCGUGCAGCUGCAGGAGCGUCUCAGUCUGCUGCAGAUGAAGGGGGACCUGCUGGACUCUGUGUUCGGUGCCGACAGGGCCGACAGCCUGCAGGGCGAGCUGAGCGCUGCCAUCAGGAACAGAGAGCUGCUGCACACUCAGCUGCUGCAGAGGAAGAGCCGGCUACAGGGCUUAAUCUCAAGAACCAAGGACUUCGGUGACGCCUAUGAGUUGAUUCGCUCCAAGCUGGCCACUCUGCGGGACCAGCUGGUGGCAGCCGACGGCCUCCAGCCCGACAUCCUGGCCAAGAAAAGCCAGUCAGACCAGUUCAGGGUGAUCCAGAAGGACCUUGAGGACUGUGAAGCCCACAUCACAGCGAUGGAGACUCUGGUUUCGUCCAGUCAGAGCAACAGGACUCAGUUUGAGAGGCUUUACACUGACUGGAAACAUCUGCACAAGGCAACCAGGGUGAAGGUGCGUGAGAGCGAGGAGAGCAUCGCAGACCAUGAGAGCUUCCAUGACAGCCUGCUAAACAUAGAGAAGUGGCUGAUGAUCAUGAGGCAGAAGCUGGAGUCCUUCCAUGGGCCCUCAGGAGAGUGGAGCAUCCAGGGCCGCCGGCAAGAAGCCGAGAGAGCGCUGGGAGAGUUUCCAGAGAAGGAGCUCCAGCUGCAGCAGAUGGAGGUCCAGGGUCAGGGGGUUUUGGAGAGAACUUCAGAGGAGGGACAGGUUCACAUUCUGCGAGACAUGAAGCGCCUACGAGAGUCCUGGAUGGCUCUCUACAACACGAGUCUCAAUCUGCACAGGCUGCUGAACAGCUCCACGCAGCAGACACAGUCUGAUUUAUGGAUUGUUGGAGGCCCAUCUGCAGACAGCACAUCACUAACAGCAGAGCUGAGUGUGGGGGAGGGAGAAGUUCGGGUCAGGGCAGGCUCCAGGAGCCAGAAGGGACGACAACAAGACAAAGCAGCUGAGCUGUUUGGAGCCGCAGCCAGCUCCAGGCCUGGAGGAGCAGGAAGCCUGGAGGGAGAUGCAGCAGAGGAGCUGAUGAAGAGGCAGGGUGGGUGGAUCCAGGGCCACGCAGAAGGUCACCUCAGCUUCGCUGAAGAUGACAAUAAACAUCCGAGGACAAGCGAGGACAGUGGACGCUCCUUUAAAGGAGACACAGUAGAUUCCUCUGCUUGGAGCAUCUGGAGCAGAGCAAGACAGAAAGGCUCCAAAGACUUUGCGGCUGAUGGGAGCCCUGACAGUGAGACGUCAGCAGGGGGAGACAGAGGGGGGGCAGCUGUAACCACAAAUGUCUGCAUGAGCUCUGCUGAAGGUGGCGUGGAGGCAGGAGAGGGCCUGAGUCCGAGAGGAGGAGGAGCGUUCAUGCUGGUCAGAAGAGACGCAGCCAAGCAGCCAUCUACGACACCAAUGCAACACACAACGGGAGGCUCAGGACAGUCCAGAUCCAGGAGGAAGGAGUUUGAGGCCUGGCUGUCCAAAGAGAAUGAACUCCUCUCAGGGAUCCUCAGCACCAACGGAGCAACAUUCAGCACCAAACAACUCAAGAUCCGACAGGACACACUCAAGGCUCUGAGGGCAGGGCUGACCUGGGGUCAGGAGCAGUUCCAGCUGUUGCUGCAGGAGAGUCAGAGCGGUGAGGCUGGUUCUGGACCAACAGAAGAUGUGGGUCUGGAAGAACUUCGCUACCGCUGGAUGCUUUACAAGUCCAAAUUGAAGGAUGUGGGAGACAUCAGAGCCAGAGCCAGUGCCAAGAGAGUCCAAACCAAACAAGAGGAGCCAGCCAUCGCAGCAAAGGUGCAAAAGAAGCCCAGCCUGUGUCAGCGUGUGUGCCGGCUGGCUCUCCCUCUGUGGCUCCUACUCCUCGCUCUGCUGCUCCUGGCCUUCCUGCUGCCCCUCAUGGACGAAGGAAACAGCUGCUCGCUGUCCAACAACUUUGCCCGCUCCUUCAACAUCAUGCUCCGAUACGACGGACCCCCACCCACAUAGGAAAACCUCCUGGGACAGAGUAAUGUCUGACCUCACUAUAUACAGCAACUUCUAAUGAUAUAACAGGCCAUGGCUUAUGUAGGAAAUGUAGACCAUCAGGACUGUAUCAGACCACAUACAGGACCACAAGUUUCCUUUAGAGCAACAAAUCUUCUCCUCAUUUUAAAAUGACUCAUCUCUCUUAUGGCUUCCUAACACCAGUGAAUCAUGUCACAUUUCUCUCAUCUCCACUAUGGACCACAGUCUGUGAAGGAACCAACAGCGAAAGUAGCACGCACACACACCUGUAAACAACCAAUCCCACAUUACCCCGAUGCUUCGACACAUUCUCAACCUCACAUCCCAUGAUUCUUUACAGUUUAAAAAUGAUGACCUGCUAACUACUAUCAUGAGGAAUAGCAUAAGUCCAAUAGUUCUACAAGUCCAAUAAUCAUUUUAAGAAUUUCAGAGCACAAUAAGAAGACUGUAGAAGCUUUAACAUCUGUUUACCAAAGUCAUAUUUUGUCAUCUUUCGGCAUCAUGCCUUACAGCUUACAUAUGGUAGUCAGCUUUUAUCCUGUAGAAUAGAUGAUGAAUGUAUGUUCAUCUGAACUUUAUAUUUGCUUUAAUACUUACCAAUAUAACUCACUAUGAGUAAUUUAGAUUACUAAUAACCAUGCCAAAAAAGAAAAAAAAAACAUUGCAGUGUAUCAUUAUAACAGAAAAUAUUCUAAUAUUCUCUUAUUUUUUCUUGUAAUUACUACAUACCUAACUAUUCAGUUUUAACAAGAAACUAUUUUGACACCAUAAUAUAA